AUGGUGCGCAUGUCCGUUUUAGCCGACUGCCUCAAGACGAUCGUCAACGCAGAAAAGCGGGGACGCCGUCAGGUGCUCAUUCGACCCUCUAGCAAGGUGGUGGUCAAGUUUCUGCAGUGCAUGCAGAGACGUGGCUACAUUGGCGAAUUCGAGAUUGUUGAUGACCAUCGCUCCAAGAAGAUCGUUGUGGACCUGCUGGGGCGCAUCAACAAGUACGAUGUGACAGUAGCAAAUAUUGAAAAGUACUGCUCCAACUUGCUGCCUUCUCGCCAAUUCGGCCACUUGGUGCUGACGACGGCGUAUGGCAUCAUGGAUCAUGAGGAAGCCCGCAGAAAACACACCGGAGGGAAGAUCCUCGGGUUUUUCUUCUGA